AUGCUAAUAAUGGAUUUCAUUUACUAUUUUACUAAGGUUAAGUUUAAUCUCGUUUCAUUAACAAUUAUGGAAUUUCAGGUUCUAUUGAUCUAUUUUUGGCAAAGGCAACUUAAUUUUUAUUAUUCUUUUCCUUAUUUAAGUGUCCAGCUUUACUAGUUAAAAAUAUCCUCCAAAAUUAUUGUUAAUUUUAUCUCUUUACUCCAUAUCUUCACCAUAUACUUUAACUAAUUUGACACUCCAAGUUACCUAAUUAAUGAUUUAGGAAUCAAGUCCUAACUCAUUUACCUCUUUUAAUUAGUCAAUAUAUUCUCUUUGUAUAUUUGUAAAGAUAAAAUGCAUUCCAUCAUAGAAAGUAUAUGCGUCUUUUAUUAAUAGAAAGUUACUCAGGGUAAAGAGCACUGA